AUGAAAAAGCCAUGGAGAAGAAACUUAACACAACUUAUAUAUAAUGGCUUAAAAGAUAUUGAGAACCUUGUGAAUGACAACAGCAAUCAGAUAGUGAUAGUGAAAGGCGCCAAGCCAGCACCACCUGAAGUAGCACCUAGUGAACAGAGUACUAUGCAGCCCUCCUCAGGAGAAGAUCAAUCUGCUGGUUGGCCUGAUAUUAAUGAACAAGAUCUUAAAAAAUCUUCUGGAAAAGGUAGUGCAGCUAGUUCAAAGAUGUCUGCAGCUUCUCUCUCCAAACUUCCUGCAGCAGCACCUGCUCCUUCAGUGGACAUGCUGCCCUCUGCUGGGAAGGGGGAGUUUUCCAAAGCCCCAGUCUUGCCUCCCAUUCAAGCUGGUCUUACAGCACAAGGACCUGGAGUUGUACCUCACGUCCAUAUCGAGCCUCCGACACCACAGCAGUCAAUUCUUGCCUCCAGAGAGCAGACCAACCUCACCCGCACCGCCAGCCAGAUGACCAAUAGCAGGCUGGAGGAACAUGAUGAAGAAGAUGAGGGGUUGGAAGACCAAGAGGAGCAGGAGCAGUGGGCAACACAUGUUGAUGAGGAAGAAAUAAUGAAGAAAGCAAAUGAGAAAUCAGCUGAGAAGAAAUCAAGAGUACCUCUCAGUGCAAGGAGCAGUAGAAGUAAAGGACCUAUGGCUGCGGGAGGUCCCCACUUACACAGCAGUGCAGAGUCUCUCAGUGCUUCCCUUAACUCCCUGGAUGACCUUCCCAGGGUGCACUCAGCAAGGUCAGGGUUCAAGGCCAGUCCUCUGGGUUCUGUGACAGGAAAAAGUGUAUCUUCCAAGAAAUCUAUUGGAAGUGCCCAGAGCUAUGCCAGCCAUAGGAGUCACAAGAGUACAAAGAGUGAUGAUUCACAUAAAGGCAGUGUGGUACUUCUGAAUGGAGGAGCACUGUCUAUUGGUGGUGCUGUAAUCAUGAAACCCAAGGAUUCUGAGGAACAUCUGGCUGUGGAAGUAGGUGGAGGAGAUGGCAGAGAUUCAGGACACCAUUCAGAAGAAGAGGAAGCACCACUGCAUGCAUCUGGACAUGCACGUGCACGUGCUGCACCUGCUGCACGUACAAAGGAAACUACACAACAAGAAAGCAAGGUUACUGAAGGAAGUUCAGAUGUAGAAAGACAAUAUGGGAAAUACCGAGCUGUAGACUUUCACGGUGGUGAUUUUGAUGCCACGGCAUCCAUGUACACCUGGAGUUACAAUCCCCAGGGGGAGUCCGUGUCAAAAUUUGGCACAUCAGUGCGGUCAAGCACAAUUAUCACAGGUCACACAGCUGACUCAGUUUCUGAGGGUUUGCCUGCCUCAGAGUAUUCUGUACCACCUGCCAAGUCUUCUAACACCCCUGCAGUGUUUCUUGAGCCUGAAAUUAGGGUUCAGAAGUCAUUGUCACCAGGGUCUAGCUUGGGACACUCUGAUGUUUUAACAGGGCUUGAAGCUGAUAACCAGUCCCACUCUCAUACCUCUGAGGCAGAAGCUGCAGCAGCAGUAACUGAGUCACAACAGGAGGCAGAGAAGAAAUUGAUUGAGGCACUGACUGCGCAUGCUCGUGCGAUCGCAGUCAGUGUUCUCAAUAAGAGUGAUGCAGGACAGGACCUAGAGGAGGAUGCAAGGCUUGCAGCUGAGUUGUGGAUGGAGCGUUUGCCAACGCCAACACAAAUUAUUUCCCGUAGUCAGUCACUGAAAGAUGUUUCAUAUUUAGACUAUGAACAUGAUCAUGAUGAAGAUGAGGCUGUGAUGGAGAUAGUUAAACGUAGAAUGAAGAGUGCUGAACCCACCGCUGCUGAGUACAGAGAUUUACUGCGUGAAACACUGGCUAGUGUGGUGACCAAGGGCACGGGUAGUCCCAGCGUUCAUUCAGUAGAUGAAGUAAGUCCAGAGUUGAUAGAAGCUCUGGCAAACAAGGAGGACAUAAGGCCAGAAGAUCUAGAAAUAAUUCAAAAUGAGGAAGGCAAGAGUGUCAUUCGCUCCAGAACACACAGUCAGAGCCAUAGUCAAAGUAAAACUCAAAGUCGAAGUCAAAGUCAGACACACAGUCGUGGUCUCAGUCAUGGUCAUAGUGAGGCUCGUAAAGGGACUGGACGCAGUGAGGUAUCCCAGCAUUCUUCACAUGUGUCUCAGUCUCGGCGGUCCAGUGGGAGUGCAGUGAGGAGUGCUGUGGACACACUUGAGAGGAAAGCAUCAGGACAGGAAGAUGGCCACGUGAUGCCGGAAGCAUCUGCUGCUGACCAAAUGGAAGAUGUUGAUGCACAAGUAGCUUCAAUGGACCUUAUCCCCUAUGCUCCCUUGCCACCUAUAGCUACAGCUGAUGACAGUAGUGCACAACCAAGUCUACCACCAGAUGGCUCUGGUGAAAGCUUUAAGCCAUCUGCUCCAGGAAGCCCAGCAAAGUCUUCCAAAUCUGCCAAAUCUGGGAAAUCUGCCAAGUCUGUGAAGUUUGUAGAGAAUGUUAAAGAAGAGAAACCAGAUCCUGUGAAAGGAAAGAAGAAAGCGUCAGCAAAGAAAGCGGGAGAGACAUUAGUUGUGACAGUGACUGAUGAUGUAGAGCCAGAGUUGUCCAAGGAAGAAGCAGACAAAAAGGUGCUAGCAGAAGUUGCUCAGGAACUUGCUCAAGCUGAUGCCAAAUCCACAAAGAGUGCAAAGAGUGAUAAAAGUUCAAAAAGUGCCAAAAGUGGAAAGAGUGCUAAGAGUGCUAAAAGUGGGGCAUCAAAGAAGAGUAAGACGCCUGAUGACAAGAAGAUAUCAGAGAAAGAAUUUGUUGUUGGUAAAGUUGAGAACAAGAAAGAGUUGGAAGAACUUUAUGCUCAGCCUGAAGAUCCUGCUGCAAAAGAAAAUAAUAAAAAACCCAUUGUCAAAAAAGAACUCACACAAGAGAAAUUGGCUGAGAAAGCUGCAGCAGCUGAAGCAUUGGCAGACCGUUUCUUGUCUCAGUAUGAUUUAAGUGAGACUAAAACUGGUGAUGCCAAGAAGCCAAAGAAACCUUCAGUGCCUGUUGUAAGCAAGGCUAAAAAGACAGCUCCAAAAGGUAAAAAGAAGAAAGAAGCAGCACCUGCAAAGAAGUCUAAAGCAAAGAAGAAGGUAGAGGAAGCAGACGAAGAUGAACCACCCAAAACCCUCACUCCUACCACAGUAAUGGAGGUGAAGGCAGAGGAGGGAGAGAAACAGUCAGGCACAGAGUCUCCCACUCCUUCUCACACCACCACAGAGAGCUCAAUGUCCUUCAUCAUAGUGCGGGACGAGUUUGAGGCCACACCAGAGCCAGAGGAGAAGUCAGAGACCAAGUCCAGGGUCCUGUCCUCCAUCCAUACUGAGAAGACAGAGGAGGAGGAGGAGGGUGGAAGUGAGACUGAGUCUGUACAGCUGAAGAACGUUACAGACAAAGCUGCCAGAGAACGAAAACGACAAGCUGACCGUGAGCGAAGAAAACAGGAAGUGGAGAGAAAGAGGAAAGAACGUGAGGAACAGAUCCGGAAAGAGAAAGAAGCACAGGAGGCUAAAGAAAAGCUUUGGAAAGAAAUGGAAGAAGAAAGGAGAAGGAAAGAAGAAGAGAUAAGACUACGGAAAGAACAAGCUGAAGAAGAAGAAAGACUGGCAGAGGAAAGGGAAAAGGAGGCUGAGAAAAGGCGCCUAGCAGAAAUGGACCGUGAAAAGAGAAUGAAGGAAGAGUAUGUUAGAAAACUGGAAGAAAUGAGAAAGAAGCAGAAACUGGAGGAAGAAAAGCGGAAAGAGUUAGAAAGGCAACGCCAAGAAGAAGAAGAAAGACUUAGGCUUGAAGAGGAGGCAAUGUUGGCAACUAUGGCAGAAGCUGAGCGAGAAGAAUAUGAAAGGAAAAAGAAAGAAGAGGCAGAACUGAGGGCUAAACGUGAAGAGGAAGAAAGGUAAGUUUUUCAUGAAAUG